GUUGACCCUGAACCCACCCGCCACACGACCCAAGCCCGCAUUCAAAUUCUUUCGUCCCAUUCCUCACGAUACUCGGAUCAUUCACCUUAACACCUCUUCGAACCGUUAAUUCCUCCACCACAUCGCCAUGCCUUCCGUCCGCUCCACUGUUCUGGCCGUCGCCGCCACUCUCGUUGCCGUUGCUCAGGCCGACUACGUGAUCGAUCCCGACAGCGUGCCUCUGUCCCAGCGACAGGCCUGGUGUGCCAGCGAGAAGUACACUUGCCCCCUCAUCUGCCAACAAACUGGUGACGGAACCACCAAGGUCAAUGAUUGUGAUCCUGCAUCUCUGACCUACGGCUGCAUUUGCGGCAACGGCAAGCAGCCCAACGUCUCCGAAUACUCCCUAUCUCUCCCCUACUUCGUGUGCACCGAAUGGGGCAACCAGUGUGUCACCGACUGCAACGGCAACAACAACUGCGCUUCGGCGUGCCGUCAGGAGCACCCUUGCGGUGCCCAGGACCCCAAGAAGUACAACAUCACCAAGACAGCUUCCGCCACCGGUGCCGAGGCGACAGCCUCGGCCACCGAUGACGCCGACACUGUUUACACCUCAGUUGACGGCAGCUCCGACUCGUCCAGCUCCGACUCCAGCUCCAGCUCCAGCUCGAGCGACAAGUCCGGAUCGGCUACUGCUCUUGAGGCCGGCCGCAAGUGGGGUCUUGCUGUCGUUAUGGGCAGCAUGUUCGUUGGAUUCGCCCUGCUAUAAGCAGCUAUACGGCUUGUUCGCUCCGUCAUUCGCUCAGGGAGUGGAUGACCU